AUGGCUCCGACAAGUCGCAUCGCCUUUUUGGCGCUGUCAUUCCUCCUUUCAGGCCAUUUCGCAGCAGCUGAAUGCGACAUUUCUGGCAAUUACACGAUUAUCGCUGCACCCGACGACCAAGAUGGAGUUCAAUCCUGCAAAGAUGUCGAUGGCUCUAUGUCGCUCCUCUUCGAUAAGGAUCCCUCUUCUUGGCCAUCCAACAAGGCUUCGGUAGACCUCGGCGAUAUCAGCUCACUUACCGGCGACCUUGUCAUUUAUCCCCACCACGAUUCGAAGAAGACGGUUGUUACGGCAUCGAGUUUGAAGACGAUUGAAGGAGCCCUUACGAUAUGGAACACAGGAACCGGAAAGGACCACACGAUUGAGGAGUUCGACCUGGUAUUCGACGCGUUGGAGGAAGUUGGCAAGGACUAUGUCAUCACAGAAGCUUUUGCUAAGCUGUCACUUGAGCACAAGACUGAUAUCACGGUGGGGGGUAUGGCAAGAGUUUACGAUACCGAUGUGGAGGAGCUGCAGCUCAAUGGAGUGUAUACCGUCAACGGAGACUUCUCAAUCGACUCCAACAGCAACAUGAAGGAGUUGGAUGUCCCCGCUCUCACCUAUGCCAACAAGGGCUUUAUAGUCAAGGGCAAUAAUGCUCUCGAGAAGGUCUCAUUUGCACAGCUGAAGGGCGUCAAAGGAAACAUGCAGUUCAACCAGAAUGGCGCACUACAAACGAUCUAUCUCGCAGCCCUCGAGUCGGCUGCGACCAUGGCUAUCACCGCUAACGGAAACGAUGCUACUGUGCUGCUCCCUUGGCUGUCGUCUAUCGGAAACAGCACCACUACGGCUACCUCAGACUUCAGCGGGCUUGGAAAGAUUGAGUUCUCAUCUCUUCGCACGGUCAAUGGCUCAUUGACCUUUGAGUCUAAUUCAUUUGAAGACCUUACUAUCCCUUUGUUGAAGGAGAUGAAUGGCGCUAUUACUGUGGAGGACAACCCUUCUCUAACGACCUUUGCUUUACCAAGAGUUACAUACGUGGAGGAACUGGAUAUCAGCGGCAACGACGAACUCACCAAUAUUACAGCCAACGCUCUCAAGUCUGCUGGCACAAUUGCGAUCAAGGGAUCCUUUACGAACGUGGAGUUCUUCAACCUGAAGAAGGUUACGGGAGAUUUCAAGGUUUCUGGUGACGAGUCUAUGGACUGCAGUUGGUUUGAUGCCAAUAUUAAGAGCAUUGUUGUAGGAAAAUACACCUGUGUUGGAGAUCACGACAAGAAGGAGAGGAAGCCGAGUACUGGAGGCAUUGAGGAUACAGAGGGUAACCCCAAGGAUUAUAUGUCAUCUCCAGAUGACGACGAGGGCAAUGGUGCUGGCGGCGGCAGCAGUGGAAGCGGAAGCGGAAGUGACUCAGAUAGUGGAAGUUCUGAUGGAGACAAGGGAGGCUCGAAGGGAGGACUUUCAACAGGUGCAAAGGCCGGCAUUGGAAUCGGCGUUGCCAUCAUCGUUGUUCUUCUUAUCGUCGGCGCCGUGAUGUUCUGGCUCUGGCGCCGCCGUCGAACCGCAGCACCUGGCGAAAAGCGCCUCGGCAGCAGUGGCAGCGGCUCAACCAAGAAGGGCAUCUUUGACGGACAGCAAAUGGGUGUCCAGACAAAGAUCGAAGCCACCAACCCCAGCCCAUCUCCUAGCAUCGGCACUUUGAAUUUCGGGCGCAACUCUCUGAUUGAGUCGACUGGCGGCUUUACCGAGAAGAGUCUCAAUGCUUGGAAGACGAUUCGAAGAGUUAGUGUCUCUUCGGGUGGUUCUUCAACUGUCAAGGAGGGAACGAGUAUUCUCAAGGGUUGA